CGUCAUAACUUGAUGAAACAGUUGGUUUAUCAAUUUUAGUUUCACUUGAUGAUUAGGUUAAUGUUUCUAACAUUGGUUUUCAGACAUGUCGAGGAAUCAGAGGGAGACAGAAUCUGAACGUCCUGACAGGGAAAGUGAGACAGAUGGUGAUGAAACUUUCACAAAGAACAACCUGGCAUCAUCAGAAGGAGCACAACCUGGUAAUGACAAUGAUGUUGAUGUCGUUCCCCAAGGAACACAAGGUGAGAGGACAUUCUCCAUGGACAUGGUAGCAUCAUCAGAAGUGGUUGAGCGUCAGGCCAGUGCGGGGAGUGGUUCCAUGGCUGUUUCUGAGAGACGAGAAAGGCAAGCGGUGUCUACUAAAAUCACUGCAGGGUCUGACUUCAAAGGCAUCAUAGUACAGGACUCUUCUGAUGUCAGCUUAUCUGUUGGAGGUCAGAAUGAUGGAAUAAUGAAGUCAGAUAUGCUGCAAAUGAACCUGAAGCGAGUCAAAGAUGUCUGUGUGAAAACUGCUAACUAUAGGACAGUGAAGGGGCGCUUGGAGAAGUAUGGUCAUGUAACAAUAAGUGGUGCUUCUGGUGAAGGAAAAACGUCCAUUGCCUUGAUGAUAGGAGCAGAUCUAAGGAACCAGGGGUAUGAACUUGUGUUUGUUGAUGAUAUGGAUAAAUUUGAGCUGAAGAAUUGUGAACUGCGUGGAAAGAAAGUUUGUCUGAUACUGGAUGAUAUAUUUGGAACAGUCGGCCUAUCAACUGACGUUCCCCAUCUUAGGUCCAUUCUACAAAAUCUCAAACAUUAUUUAGAAGAUGUCAAAUCUAGUAAGGAACUGAAAACAGCGAUUCUUGUUGUCUUCACCACCAAAUCGUACAACCUGGAAUGUGGAGUCGCAAAGUUGGAUGGCCAAGAAUGCUAUUUUUUCACAGGACCAUCGCUUCUUGAUUUGACAAAAAUGACAUCGUGUCAUUACAGUCCCGAGGAAAGAAGGAAGAUACUCCAGAAACAACUAAAACACCAUAACAUCGACCUGAACCUCGAUAUUGGUAGGCUUUGUGACAAAAGAGAAUAUUUGUUUGGCUUUCCCCUGAUAUGUUCUCUGUUUUGUGAAUUCCUGAGUUUUCAAAAAGAACCUGCACAAUUUUUCCAAAAACCACUACUUUAUCUACGGCGAGAAAUUGACAUGAUAAUGGAACGUGGAAAUGACCAGUCCGCUGCUCUCAUCCUGAUGCUGUUGUGUGAAGAUCAUCUGAACUUGAGCCAGGUAGAAAUGGAAUCUAAAAAUCAUGUUUUAGAAGCUAAUCUGCAGGCUGUAAAAAGUGUGGUGUCAGUAACGUCACGGACUGCAGUUGCCAAAGCCAUCAGGUGUUACAGGGGAACAUUUUUCACUGAUGGAGAUAUCCUUGGAUUUUCACAUCCCACAAUCUACGACGCCUGUGCGUGUGCCCUAUUCAAAAUAAAUUCAUCCUUCGUUCUGAACCACUGCAGUAUCAGAUUCCUUUAUGAGCGUGUACAAACCCAGCCAGUCCAGUCCUCUGCAAUAGAUAAUCACCUCCACAUCAUCUACGUCUCAGAUGCUUACUAUGACAAAAUUGCCUCCAGACUGGCGGAUGCUGUUGCCAAAGGCAACUACAGUAUGUCUAUUACACAUCCUAUUUUGAAAAACAAGCAAAUAGUGGACAAAGUGUUCCAGAUGCUCAAACUGAGGAAAUCAAAUACAUUAAAGCGGUUGCUGCAUACGAAGGACACAAAAAGGCUUGCCAUGUUACAUGCAAAGGAAGAAGAGAAGCACUUACUGUACUGGGCAGUUCAUGCACAUAGUAAGUACUUGAUUGAGAAAAUCCUCGAUGUUGGAUACCAUUUUUCAGACGAAGAGAUCAUGGAAGCCUUCAAGGCCUGUGCUUCCUGUGGGAACGAAGCAGUGUUGUUGUUGUUAUCUUCCAAAUAUAAGUCACUGCUUCAUCAAAGUGUGCUCAAUGAAGCUCUAGUGACUGCCACAGACAAUAAUUACAAAGACAUUGCAUUGGCCUUACUUAACGCAGGAGCUGAUAUCUAUGAAUCAAAAAAUGAUGUGGGUGAAAAUGUCUUUCAAAUUGCUAGGAUGAAGGAGUUCCGUCUACUUGGAAGAGAAUUUUUGGGAUUUAUUACCGAAGGAUUAAACAUCAAACAUCUGACUGGAGACUUCGACUUUCUGAGAGCAGCUUAUUCAGCCUUGUGUUACAGCUGUAGUGUAGGGGAUGUAAGACUUUCACAAUUCUUCCUUCCAGUCACUGAGAUUAAUGCAAGAUAUCCUAAGGGCAAAACCCUCCCAUUCUUUCACAUUAAUUGUCGGGGACACGUUGGACUAACGCCAGUGAUGGAAGCAGCUUUGCAUGGGAAGAAGGAUGUUUUCGACCUGCUCGUGUCAAAGGGAGCUGAUCUUACACUAAGAGAUGACAAAAAUAACACCCUCCUUCAUGUGGCAAGUCAAGGUGGAAAUAGCCCCAUUGUAGAAGAUCUGCUUCCACUAUUUGACAUCAAUUGUCGGGGACAAGAGGGUUGGACACCUUUGAUGGCAGCAGCUUGGUAUGGGAAGAAGGAUGUUUUCGACCUGCUCGUGUCAAAGGCAGCUGAUCUUACACUAAAAGAUGAGAAGAGUAGAAAUGCCCUUCAUCUGGCAUGUCAGGGUGGAAAUAGUGGCAUUGUAGAAGAUCUGCUUCCACUGUUUGACAUCAAUUGUCGGGGACAAGAGGGUUGGACACCUUUGAUGGCAGCAGCUCGGUAUGGGAAGAAGGAUCUUUUCGCCCUGCUCGUGUCAAAAGGAGCUGAUCUCACACAAAGAGAUGAUAAAAAUAACACCCUUCUUCAUCUAGCAUGUGCAGGUGGAAAUAGUAACAUUGUAGAACAUCUGCUUCCACUGUUUGACAUCAAUUGUCGGGGAUAUGUGGGUUGCACACCUUUGAUGGUAGCAGCUUUUCAUGGGAAGAAGGAUGUUGUCGACCUGCUCGUGUCAAAGGGAGCUGAUCUCACACUAAAAGAUGAGAAGAGUAGAAAUGCCCUUCAUGUGGCAUCUCAGGUUGGAAAUAGUGGCAUUGUAGAACAUCUGCUUCCACUGUUUGACAUCAAUUGUCGGGGAUAUGUGGGUUGGACACCUUUGAUGGAAGCAGCUUGGUAUGGGAAGAAGGAUGUUUUCGCCCUGCUCGUGUCAAAAGGAGCUGAUCUCACACAAAGAGAUGAUAAAAAUAACACCCUCCUUCAUCUAGCAUGUGUAGGUGGAAAUAGUAGCACUGUAGAAGAUCUGCUUCCACUGUUUGACAUCAAUUGUCGGGGAGAAGAGGGUUGGACACCUUUGAUGGAGGCACCUCAUUCAUCUAGCAUGUCAGGGUGGAAAUAG